CAACAUUAACUGAAGCAACAUGUACGCAAAGUUGAUCGUUGCUCUGUGCGCCUUGGGCACGGCCCGCGCUGGCGGUCUCCUCGCUGCCGCUCCAGUGGCCUACUCCGCUCCCGUCAUCACCAAGACCAUCACCCCGGCGGUCUCUUCCGUAUCCUCCUACUCCACACACACCGCGCACGCUAGCCCCGUCGCCACGUACGCCGCUGCCCCCGUUGCUGCGUAUGCUGCCGCUCCCGUCGCGUACGCCGCCGCCCCCGUGCUCGCGAAAACUUACGCUGCUCCCGCUUACACGACUUAUGCGGCCGCACCCGUAGUCACCAAGAAUUUUGCCCCAGCUGUGUCCUCUGUUUCAUCUUACUUGCCCCACACCGCUCACGGUUCUCUCGCUGUGGCCACUUAUGCCGCUGCUCCGGUCGUCGCUCCCGUAGCCCACGCGUACGCUGCACCCGUUGUGGCUAAGACCAUCGCCCCUGCCGUGUCCUCCGUGUCGUCUUACUCUUCGCACACCUCUCACGGUCCCGCUGUAGCCACGUACGCGGCUGCUCCCGCCGUGGCGUACUCGGCCGCACCUGCCAUCUCCACGUACGCUGCUCCCGCAGUAUCUGUUCAUGCCGCUCCUGCGUACGCUACUUACGCCCAUGCCGCUCCCGUCUUGAAGUCUACUGUGGCGUACUCUGCUGCCCCGGCGGUCUCCCACCUCUCUUAUAGCGGUCUUGGAGCUAACUAUGGUUGGUAAAUGAAUCGUAAUAAUUGUAGGUACUUAGGUACUAAAUAAACAAAUGAAAGAAAUAA